GACGCGCUGCGCGUGCACAGGCGCCUUCUCAAGGCGGUCAACACGACCUCGGUCGAUGCUGCGUGGGCGAUCUGCGCGUGCAAAUGGCUGGGCCCCCUCGACCCCGAGGUGCGCUUUGGCCGCUCCAACGCGGAGCCGAUCGUCGGCGGCGCAAAUAGACGGCUCGCGGCGCGCGCGGAUGUUCAGGGCGCCGCGCCGCUUGAUGUGCACCAGGUCUUCGGGGGCAGCGAGGCAGACGAGCGGCGUCGCCCUGGCCGUGGGAAAGCGCCGCCCGUGCCAGCGAAGGCGGCGAUCUUGGAGGGCGCGGCGUUCGUGGUGGAUGCGUCCGCGGGGGCGCGCCGGGCGGCCGCCUCGGCUGCUUUCGAGCUCGCAUGCGGCCCACUCGGACAUCCGACCGCGGAGGAUAUCGCCCGGGACCCCCGCGGCCUGGGCGACCUGUUCGCCCCCCCAACUUCGCCGAGGCCCGCGGCGCGGCGCCUCCGGAGUGGCGCCGGGCCCAGGCCCGCUACCUGCGGCACGCGCGAAUUAG